AUGGCUUUCAUGGAGACUUUAUUAUCUCUGAUCUAUUUCCUCUCAAGUGCAUUGUUACUACAGUCCGCUGCCAUUCAUAAAAGUCCCCAGUCCAUCACCAUAAGCCUCAUUCACCCAUUCUCUGUCCACUCACCAUUCUAUGUAGGGAAGAACAUUACAGAAGUGCAGAAGUUUAAUCUACUUAUUCAAGCCACAACAGCCCGCAUGCAUCAUCUAUUCCCAGCCACAACAAUGAAUCAAGGAAAGUACUGGAAUGGUAGCAGCGAGGUUGACGGCAUAGGCGCUAUAGUGGAAUAUACUGGUGUCUACUAUGUAGCUGAGGUGGGUAUUGGUUCAUUUCCGCCUAUUCCUGGCCCAAAGGGUCUUCCUUAUUACUUGAUCAUGGACACUGGAAGUCACAUUACUUGGGUCCAAUGUGAAGGUUGCAAUCCAUGCUUUCCCCUUACACAGACGCCGAAUUUCCCGUUCCGAAGAUCUCAAAGUUACAGGUCAAUUCCAUGUGGUCACCGAGAGUGUCCAACUCCAAGAGGGGAUUGCUAUGGAUCGUCCUGUGGAUUCAAAGCAAGCUACGGUGAUAAUCAUGGGCCCUUUAUAAGGGGAACCAUUGCAAGAGAGACCUUAACCUUCUCUUCUGAUAGAUUGGGAGCUACAGAGUCGUUUAACAAUUUAUUCUUGGCAUGUGGCUUACAGAGUCACAAUAUGCCGUUUGCACCACCGAAUAAAGUUGCUGGGAUUUUGGGCUUAGGGCCUGGAGGCCCUGGACCUUCUCCCAUAUGGAGCCAAGUACUCAAAAAACGCUUCUCUUAUUGCUUCCCUGCCUCUCCUGACACCAAAUCUCGGUUAUAUAUCGGAGAAAGUGCUAGGAUGGUAGGACCACAAGUUGUGUCUACACCAUUGCUGAAAGGAGUUAACCCUUCACUCUACUAUGUGGAGUUGCAAGAUAUCAGCAUUGCAGGGAUUCGCCUUGGGCUCCGAGGACUAUUCCUCUUUGGUGGUUGCAUCAUAGAUACAGGAUCUCCGCUUACUACACUAAUUCCUAGUGCUUAUGCUGUUGUGAGAAAUGCUUUUAUUCAAUACUUCGAACAUUUUGGUAUGCAACCAUACGGUAGUGGAAGUAGACCACGCGAUGUGCCCAUGUUUGAUCUUUGUUUCCCUGGGGGGCCACCUGGUCUAAGGUUUCCAACUAUGACAUUCCAUUUCAAAGGAGCUGAUUUUGUUGUGCAGCCCAUUGGUCUAUUUGCAAUAGGCGCAGAUUUUGUUUGUGUUGCCCUUAAAUCAGACGAAGAAACAUUGAUUGGAGCUUAUCAGCAAACCGAGCAUAAGUUCUCCUUUGAUUUGGAGUUGGGAAAUACAGGAACUCUCUUCUUUGCUCCGGAUAAUUGUGGAGCACCUACUUAA